AUGAACGGGUCAGGGCGGCUGCCGGCCGGGCCCGCGGAGCAGCUGGGCACGAACGGCAGCGGCCCCGCGGAGCUGCGGGAGGGCACCCACGCCGCCACGCUGGCCGCCUGCGCCUCCCUGCUGGCCCUCGUCUUCUGCCUCGGCUCCUACGGCAACCUCAUCGUGCUGCUCUCCUUCUUCGACCCGGCCCUCCGGAAAUUCCGCACCGACUUCGACUUCAUGAUCCUCAACCUCUCCUUCUGCGACCUCUUCAUCUGCGGCGUGGCCGCCCCCAUGUUCGCCUUCGUCCUGUUCUUCGGCCCGGCCCGCGGCGUGCCCGGCACCUUCUGCUUCACCUUCCACCUCACCAGCUCCGGCUUCAUCAUCAUGUCGCUCAAGACGGUGGCGGUGAUCGCUCUGCACCGGCUGCGCAUGGUGCUGGGCAAGCACCCGCACCGCGCCGCCUCCGCGCCCUGCUCGCUGCUGCUCACGCUGCUGCUCUGGGCCGCCAGCUUCACCCUGGCCACGCUGGCCACGCUCCGCAGCCGCGGCUCCCGCCUCUGCCUGCCCAUGGCCAGCCUGCCCAGCGGACAGGGCAGGCUCAUCCUCUACCUUUACGUUACCGACUUCAUCUGCUGCGUGGCCGUGGUGUCCGUGUCCUACGUGAUGAUCGCCCAGGCCCUGCGCAGGAACGCGCGGGCGAGGAAGGGCCCGCCCGCGGUGGCCGUGGGCACCCCCAGGGCUCAGCCCUUCGCUGGGCCCGAGGCCGUGCCCGCCCUGUACAGGACCCAGAGCUGCACCAAGCCACCCCACGGCCAUGCCAAGCUCGCCGGCCGGCUCCCGCUGGCCUCGGCCGUCAACCUGGCCACAGCCAAAGACUCCAAGGCGGUGGUGACGUGCGUGGUCAUCGUGCUCUCCGUCCUGGUGUGCUGCCUGCCCCUGGCCAUCUCCUUGGUGCAGGACAUGCUGUCCGGCAGCGGUGGCUUUGUGCUCUACCAGUUUGAGCUGUGUGGGUUUACGCUCAUUUUUUUCAAGUCGGGAUUAAAUCCCUUUAUAUACUCCCGCAAUAGCGCGGGGCUGCGGAGACGCGUGCUCUGGUGCCUGCAGUACGUGGCCCUGGUCUUUUUCUGCUGCAAGCACAAGACGAGGCUUCGAGCCAUGGGCAAAGGCAGCCUGGAGGUCAACAGGAACAAGUCGUCCCACCACGAGACCAACUCAGCCUACAUGUUGUCUCCAAAGCCUCAGAAGAAGGGUUUGGAGCAGGCAUGCGGUGCCAGCCACUCCAAGGACAGCGUGCUGAGUCCCAAGGCGUCUGCGGGGCAGCAGCACUACGGGCAGAGCAGCUCCACGCCCAUGAACACGCGGAUCGAGCCCUACUACAGCGUGUACAACAGCAGCCCCUCGGCGGAGGUGAGCACUCCACACAGCCUGCAGCCCGCGGGCUUCGCCUUCGCCAAGCCCUGCAUCCCUGCGCUCCAUCCCUCCGGCAGCGCAGGGCGGGACAUACCGCUGCCCUCCGUGUAGCCUUGGCAGCGGCCAGCCCUUCCAGAGGGUCCCCUGCUCUGCUUCAGGGAGGAAUUGCUCCAUUCUCCAUGAUACUGCUGCCGAUGGAUAGAAACACCGUUCCCGUUUGCGUUUGAGGCGAACGCGGAGCUGUCGCCUCCGUGACGCGCUCUGGAGUUCCCGUGGAGAGCCAACAAGGGGGAUAUUUUAGAUUUGGGAUUGUUGCACGAGGGUGGUUUUGUUACUCAUUUUUACUGCUGGGCAAGUAGAAAAAACCCUAGAUGCCAUGAUUAUGUGGUUUAUUAUGUCAUAAGGCCAGGUUGGGCAGGGCUGAAAGUAACCUGGGAUAUAGGGGAAGGUGUCCCUGCCUGUGGCAGAGGAUGGAACUGGAUCAUCUUUAAGGUCCCUUCUAACCCAAACCAUUCCAUGAUAAUGCCGAGUAUUAUAGUAAUAUAAUAUAAUAAAAUACCUUGUAUAUUCAGGAAGGAAGAAUGGGAAAGAUGCUUGGUUGUAACUGAGUUUAAACUCUUCCCGUUGCAGAAGGUUGGAAGAACCAAUGUUUUCCAGUAAUAACAAAAGUCCUUUAUCUUCAAGGGGUGAAACCGUGGUUCUGUUGAGGUAAAUGGCAAAAUUUCUAUGAACUCAGCUGAAGUUCAGGAUUUCAGUUUUGGCUUCUUCAAGUGGGACAAGGCUUUGUUUGGUCAAUGUUAUAUUUCCACUGGGGAGGGACAUUUGGGAAGUGUGGCACUGGGAUAAACCUCUGCAGUAUAUAUCUGCUGGACAUUGGUUUUAAUGAUGGUGGCAUUCUGUAUCCCCAAAUUAUUUGGAGAAGUGUUUUACAUCUGAUAGAAAUAACCACGUGCUACUGAAUUAUUUGCAUUACUUGAGGAUAAAGAUGAAUUUUGCAGUAUUAUGUGACUGAUACACCAGGAGGAGCAGAGUCACCUCUGGAAUUCCCUAACUGGUCAGCUGUCAGGCACAGAGUCGUGUUGCUGCUUGCUCUUUUUGCCCAUGACUUUGUAUAAACUGUGAUUUGGCUAUUCCUGACGAGAAGAACUGACAGCUGUUAACAUUUCUAAAACCAGAAUGACAAGUUUUUGAGGUUUUGUUAAGUCUAACAUCAGUUUCAUCUGUCUGCUUAGAAAUUUUGUCUGUUGGUCUACACAGCAAGCAAGUAACAGAAGUUAAUUAUUUUUUUAUAAAUUCACCCAGUUGUGUUGUAUCUUAUUGUGGGAAUUCCAUGGGAGACAGAACAAUUCAGGGGCAUUUAAAUUCCUUACACUUCUUGCCCUAAGUGGCCAGAUCUCUUCCAAACAAGCAAUCACCUUUCAGCUUCUGUGGACUUCAGCAGAGCCUCAGUGUCUCCAAAAUAAUUGUGCCACAGGCUUUUGAUACCUUGCUAUAGGAAAGUGCCACAUCUUCAGAAAAAUGACAGUGAUGGGAACGUGAUUUGUUACUUUAGGAACAAAAAAUGUCCACAUCGUUGCUGUCUGUGAGUUGUUGGUUCAGGCUUUUUGUUAACUAAACUCUUCCCAAGAUUCUCCUGGAACACUGUUCUUUGUUUAACACUGAAUAUGAAUUAAUUCUGAAUAAUUCAAACCAGCUUUCUUGCAAUAAAAUUAGUGUGAACAACUUUCUAAUACAAAUGCAAAAUGGAAAUUAUUUC